UUAUCGCGCGUGUAUGUAUAUAUACUAUAUACUAUACAUACGACUAUGGGGUGUGGAGAUUAGAUUAAUAAACAAUUCUGAACAGCAACUAAAGGGGCAGCACACGUUGUGAGGGGGAAGGAGAACACCUUGUGCAAGGUUCCCAUAGUUGAUUUGUUCAAAACUCGUGGCCUCUAUGUAGUGGAACCAGAUUGAGGUGACUUUGGACUUUGGUGGACUUUCUGAUGAAAUGCUUCUAGAAAUUGUGUAUGAAAAAGUACAGUUCUGCUUGUUCGAUUUUCAUUAAAAUGACUUCUAAUUAGACAAUUUUAAUGGGAGCUAUCCCCCAAAAAUCUGAUCCGACAGCUGAUCACUUCCCAGCUGAUUCCUCGACCUAGGGCAACCCGAAGCUAACAUAAACAGAGAGCAUUAAAAUGUACAUUGGUAUUGGUAAUUGCGAUAGAAAAACAAACACAGGCAGAGCGACUUUCACACCGACGGGGAAAAUGCGAGCACGAGAGAGCGGCACAAGGUGUGAUGGUGUUGGUGAGUGGCCGCCAUUCACACACACUACCAUAGAUCGGCCGCCUCUCCCGUACACGUACACGAAACGAGCCUCCGAGAGGAGAGCAGAGCGGCGGAAAUAGUGAGUCUGUGUGGGAGCUUCGCUCGGGGAUUUGCACACUAGCAAAGAUCGGGUUUCUGUCGGCUACAUGGAUAGGAGCAUUGGGUGUUGGGUGUUCGGAUAAGCAGAGUACUCAAUCAGAAGCCAAAAGACAGUCUAAAGAAAUAGAAGCCAAAAUCAACUUCUGAUGAAAUGUAGUGCUAAUAUAAUAUAAUAUCUUUGUAAUGAUAAUGUGAAACGUGUAAAGUAUAUGAAGGUUGUUUGAAAGAGACUUCCCAUUAUUUUUUGUUCCCCACAAUUUUUUACUAGCGUUACAAGUACAGUUGGUGAAAAAUCUUUGCUGGUUACAAACUGAAACCUAAAACGCAAAAAUAUCUGAGUUUAUUACACAUAUGUAUGUAUUUUCUGGUUAUUUUCCAUCGCGUUUUUUGUAAUAACAAAAGGGAACUCGUAGGCAAGCGGGAUGGAAGAUUGUUUUGGUUUGGUUAAGAGGUUGGUGGUAAAGGGGAAAGGUAUAGGUAUAGGUAGGUAUAGGGGCAGAGGUCUCCGGAGAGCGAAUCGGGUAAGAUCGAUAGACAGACUGCUGUGCAAUCGAAGGCAGGGCACUGCUAUCGAUGUGGGCUGAACUAUAAAAGAGCAUCCCCUGCCAUUUUCCAGUCAAAUUUAAGAUUCAACCUCACAGAACGCAUUAGUAAACAUCUGAUCUUAAACAAGCAAUUAUGGGCGGAAGUAUCAACCUCUUUAGUGAGAUCUGCGGUCUCAUCGACUCCUACGGCGGUCGGGACACCUUGAUGGAGGCACUCUGCUGCAGUGCCAAGUUGGUGGCCGGCUUACAGGCCACCCGGAAUCCCGAUCUCGCCCAGAGAUGCGCCACCGUCAGCUCAAAGAUCUCGGGAGCGAGGGCCACUCUCCGCCUGAUCGAUGACCUGCCCGUGCUCCAAUACAGCCUGGAGUACGGACUGGGCGCGGGUGAACCGGAUCGGUUCACGGCCGUCCUGGGGGUGAUGUCCAACAUGGUCGACCUGCUGUUCUAUCCCAUCGAGACGGUCUGCUGGCUGGCGGAGCACAAGGUUUUAGAUCUGAGGCGAAAGGAUGCCUGGAACUAUGCCAACUCCAUCUUCUGCGUACUCUCUGCCCACCUGAACCUAGUGCGUACCCUGCGAAGAUUCUCCCUGCAUCGGGACGCACUGAACCGCCAGGACUUGGUGUCCGUCGCCCGCAUCUCCCUCGAUCUCCUCCAAGCCGUCGGUUCCCUGCCCAGGGGCAACCUGUGGGGCGGAAAGCUGUCCACAUUCCAAAUGGGAGCCAUCGGAACCCUGUCCGCCGUUCUUGGCAUCUACCAGAUCUUGGCCGCCAGAAGACUGAACAAGUAGAGAUUCCCCCUGUGCUGCACCUGGUUAUUUCGAAAUACUUGUAUUCUUAAUUUUAAUUCAAAGCUAGUUUAUAAUUUAAUAUUGUUCGUAGUUUGUAAGAUUCUCAGAAAUUAAAAAAAUUAUCAAAUAAAGUAUUUUAAUGGAUUUAUUUUU